UUGAUGAUGUCACCAGGACGCGACAGACGCCUUUCCUUUUUAUCAACUAUGGCUGAAGUGGGGGAGUCUUCCCGGGAAGAUGCAGUUCUUCCUCCCGUUGUAUCUUCCCCGUCGUCUACCGAGGAGUCCUCUGUCGUUGCUCCAGUAGUAGUCGAAGAGCAGGAAAAAGAGCCAGAACUGAAGGAGGAGGUACAGGCUAUCGAGAUAAAAAACAAUGAACCUUCUGAGCUCAUCCUUGGUGAAAUGGAAGAGUCUACAUCACAGUCUUGUGCAGCCAAAAAAAUAAAAAUAGAGAUAAAGGAGAAAAAAGAAAAAAAGCAUAAAGUAGAUGAAGAUGAAAUACAAAAAAUGCAGUGAGUAGUUUUCAAUUUACAUAGCA